AUGACGCAGCCCAUGAGGGGCGACCAGGCCCACCAGCCAGCCCCAGGCCGCAAGGCAGCCAGCCUGUCUUCGCCAAGCGCGGCUCGCCGCCUAUACCGCAACUUGUCUGGAAAGUUCCGUGUGGGCACCAACCCCCCUGCCCUCGAGGACAGUGUGGUGUCAGGACGGGGAGGAGACAAGGAGAGGCUGCGCAAAACCACCAUAUUCCAGAGUAGUGAAGCUCUGUUUGAAGCAGUGGAGCACCAGGAGCUGGACUUAGUGCAGCUGCUUCUCUCCCAGUACAGCCUGGAGGAGCUGGACCUCAACACGCCCAACAGCGAAGGCCUCCUGCCCCUCGAUAUCGCCAUCAUGACCAACAACGUGCCCAUGGCCAAGGUGCUUCUGCGAGCCGGCGCCAAGGAGAGUCCCCACUUUGUGAGUCUGGAGGGCCGAGCGGUGCACUUGGCCACCUUGGUGAAGGAGGCAGAGCAGAAGGUGUCGGAGCUUCAGGCUCAGGUGCAGAGCGAGGGCCCCUGUGAGCGCGAGGGGUCCGACCAGGAAAGGCAGCUGAAGUCCUGGGAGUGGAGGCUGCGGCUCUUCCGACGCAUGCAGACGGGCUUCGAGCAUGCGAGCCCUCCAGACGCUCCCAGUGCAGUUUCCCUGUCUGUCAGCAGCAGCACCAGUCUGACGGUGGACUUCCAGGAACCCCUUUGUGUCAACUCUGCUGUCGUUACUAAGUACAAAGUGAGCUGGAGCUCUUCUCCGUGCUUCAGUCCUCUGCUGGGAGAGACGGUGGUGGAGGACACUGAUCUGCUCCAGUGCAACAUCACUGGACUCACUUCUGGGGCAUAUCACUACGUCCAGGUGUCGGCCUACAACAUGAAGGGCUGGGGGCCUCCACAAGUCACAACCCCUGGCUGCGCUGCGCCUUCCAGUUGGAGGGACAUCGAUGGCCGUGCUCCACGUCAGAGAGGCCAGAAGGAGGCGCUGGACCAGCUGCUCGGACAGAUAAAGGAAGCUCACCGCCACUGCGUCUGCCACGAACAGUGCAAAGCUCCAGCACAGGCCAGGAAGCACUCUGUGUCCAAGAGCCUGCGCCACCUCUUCCAACCCACCAACAAAUUUGUUAAAAGCUUGAAAAGGGGUCUCUACCUGACCUCCAUAUUCUACAGAGAUGACAACGUGUUGGUGACUCCAGAGGACCAGAUUCCUGUUGUGGAGGUUGAAGAUUCGUACCCCAGUUCACUCAUGCAGGACUUCCUCUGGUUUACUAAGGUGUCGUAUCUGUGGGAGGAGAUUCCCUGGCUGCAGCAGUGUCUCAGUCCAUCCCAGUCGUCCUGCUCCUGUACUCUACAGACACGCCUCAAAAUGCUGCAGGCUGUCUCCCUGCUACAGGGAAUGCUUGGAACCCAGGACCUUGGCCAGGUGUAUCUUGAGCCAAUCAAAGACAAGCACGGCAACGCCCUGCUGGUGCUCCUGAAGGACAUGAAUUCCUGUCCCAACCUGGACGGAGUCCGCUGGACGCAGCUUUGUAAACUCCAGCUCCAACGCAAGUCCAUCUCCUCCCCUGACGAGCCCACCGCCUUGGACAUGCUCCUCAUCACUCUGCAUGAGAAGCUGGCGUAUCACAGGCGGAGCAGGAAGUUGUUGUCUCCAGGUUUAUACCUGGGCUACCUGAAGCUGUGCACAUCAGUGGAGCAGAUCAGAGCGCUGGUGCCUCAGAAACUCCCCAACGUCUUAUGUCACACGAAAAUUCGGGACAACAGCAACGUGUCCAGAGAGGAGUGGCAGUGGCUGCAGGCCCUCAGCUGUCUCGAUGAGUCGUUGGAGAUGGAUCAGGACAGACAGAGCGCUCCACAUCGCCUCCUAAAGGAGCUACGCAACGCCAUCAAGGGACUGAUGGCCCACAUCAAUGUCCCCGGCAAUCAGGCCCAGGAAUUCCGAAUCUACAGCCAGGAAGUUGUGGAGUUUGGGGAGAAAGUGUCCUUCUUGCUCCUCCUGCCACCAUCAGAUGAAGUGUGCACAGCCCCUGGUCAGAACAACCCGUACUCCCCCCGCUCUGGCUUCCUCACCCUCCCUCUGCAGAUCUUUGAGCUGGGUCAGUAG